GCGGCGGCCGUAGCGAUGCAGCGCGUCGAGCUGCGCGACGGGGAGGCGGCGGCCGCAGCUUCCUACCGGGUGCUCAGCCGCCUGCUGGGUUAUGGGGCCGGGCCGGAGGCGGGGGCGGCCGGCGGCCCCGGUAGCGGCGCGGCGGUUGCGGGGCCGCCGGGCCCGGGCGGAGCGCGGUUGCCGCUCCCCCUCCCCGCUCCGGGAGGGGCCGCUCGGCCGCCGCCGCAGCUGAUGGUGUUCCGUAACGCCGCCGAGGGCCGGCCCGGAGAGGAGGAGGCGGGCGGCGGGGAAGGCCCGGCGGGCGGCCCCGAGCUGCUGUGCCCGCGGCAUCGCUGCGCGUUGGAGCCCAAAGCGGCGGCGGUAGCGGCGGGGGGCGGCUGGGCGCCGCCGGGGGGGCUGGAGCUGCAGCUGGCGGCCCUAGGGCUGCGGCCCCCGACGCUGGGAACCAAGGGCCCCGCCGCCUGCCCGUGUCUCGGGCCGCCCGCCGCCGAGGAGACGAGCGACGCGCUGCUGGUGCUCGAGGCGCUGGAGCCCGACGAGGCCGAGAGCUGCUCCGAGGAAGAGCCGGGCAGCCCCGGCACCGCAGACCCGCAGGAGCCGCCCCGCGGAGCCGCCGCCGCGCGGAGAGCCGGGCCCGGCCCCGGGGCAGCGGGAGGAAGGAAGGGAUCGCUGCGGGUCCGCCUGAGCCGCCUCUUCCGCACCAAGAGCUGCAGCGGAGGGUCGGCCCCCGGGGACGGGAGCGGAGGGAGUCGGCGGGGAGCGGAGCUGACGGCCUCGGCGCACAGCCUGAGCGACGGCGGAGGGGCCCGGGGCCGCGGGCAGGAGGAGGGCAGGAAACACAGACUGACAAGAACUCAAAGUGCCUUUUCCCCGGUUGUUUUCAGCCCCCUCUUCACAGGUGAAACAGUGUCUCUGGUGGACGUGGACAUCUCUCAGAGAGGACUGAGCUCCCCUCACCCCCCGACUCCACCGCCGCCUCCUCGCCGAAGCCUCAGCCUGCUGGAUGAUAUCAGUGGGACGCUGCCUACAUCUGUCCUAGUGGGUCCGAUGGGGUCUUCCCUGCAGUCUUUCCCUCUGCCUCCGCCUCCUCCGCCCCACGCCCCAGAUGCCUUCCCCCGCAUCGUUCCCCUCCGACCCACAGAAGCAGCACCCAGCCAGCCCACCCCCCACCUCCAGUGCCCUCUGUACCGCCCGGACUCCAGCAGCUUUGCAGCCAGCUUGCGAGAGCUGGAGAAGUGCGGGUGGUACUGGGGACCCAUGAACUGGGAGGACGCAGAGAUGAAGCUGAAAGGGAAACCAGACGGAUCCUUUCUGGUGCGGGACAGUUCUGACCCCCGUUACAUCCUGAGCCUCAGCUUCCGAUCGCAGGGCAUCACCCACCACACCAGGAUGGAGCACUACAGAGGGACCUUCAGCCUGUGGUGCCAUCCCAAGUUUGAAGACCGCUGCCAAUCUGUGGUGGAGUUCAUCAAGAGAGCCAUCAUGCACUCCAAAAACGGGAAGUUUCUGUACUUCCUCCGAUCCAGGGUUCCAGGUCUCCCUCCGACGCCCGUCCAGCUCCUGUAUCCCGUCUCCAGGUUCAGCAAUGUCAAAUCUCUCCAGCACCUUUGCCGUUUUCGGAUCAGGCAGUUGGUCCGGAUCGAUCACAUCCCUGAGCUGCCGCUGCCUAAGUAAGCCAGCAUGGAGCUGUGGGUCUGGGGGGGGGG